AUGACCAGUCUCAAUGUCAGGCCAGAAGACUCGGAGAAAACUAUAGUAUGCGAUACCAUAACAUUAAGCGAAUGGGUGACUGGACGCAGCCAUUCUUAUCCCGAGUCAAACCAAGUAGUGGCUCACAGGGGAAUAAACGUUACGCUACCACUACAGGUUUCAGCAGAAUACACGAUCCAAACGAAAUUAGCGUCAGGCACAUUUGGGAGCGUAUUCUAUGGGGAAAAAAAAUCGACAAGUCGCCCAGUGGCUAUAAAAAUUGUUGAAGCAUCCAUGGCAAAAACCGUUUUGUACAAUGGGAAAAAAACGCCAAAAGAAGCAGCUCUUCUCCAAAAAAUUCCUUUGCACCCGAAUAUCAUUAACCUCAUUGACUGGGCAGAAGCAUAUCCAAAGCAUUGGGUUUUCAUAUUUGAAUAUCAUGGAUAUGGCCAAGAUAAACCCAAAUCCACUUUAAGACAUUACUUAAGAGAUAUUGCGAGGAGUAGAGGGCAAGGGUUAACAGAAAAUGAAGCGAGAAACAUUAUGCGUCAGUUACUGGCGGCAUGCAGUCAUUUGGAGAAACAUGGCGUUUAUCAUGGUGAUUUAAAACUGGGUAAUGUAGUCAUCAAUCCAGAGGGUAAUAUAAAAUUAAUCGAUUUUGGCUUGGCUGUCGAAGUAGAAAGAGGCCUUGGGAGAACGGGGUCGAUCUUUCCCCCGGAGAUGUAUGACUACUGCAUUCCGUAUGAACUAUCGACAGCACAAAUAUGGGUACUUGGAGCUGUUUUUUACCAACUUUUUGAAGCAACCAAUCCAUUUCACGAAGAGCGAAUAAAGUCCAAGGCAUUGGGGCCAGUUAUGUUUAACAGGUAUAAUCGUCCUUCGAACGAAUGCGUAGAGUUAAUAGAUUGGAUGUUGAAGGUAGAGCCUAACCACCGACCACAGUCUGUGAAUAGAGUCAUUUCGCAUGGGUGGUUUGGGUGCGUUUAG